ACUCUGUCACAGUACAGAAGCGCAACAGACACGACUCAAGCGAAAUGGAUUUUUAUCGAAGCAGCAAAACAAAUCAAAUGGAUUAUAAUGGCGAUGGCCGUGACUCCAAGACAGGGAAAAUGCUCGCGAGCACCGAUGACCGUCUCGACAGCGGUUUGGAUUCGCUCAAAGAGGAUGAAUACGCGGAUGUGGAGUGCGCUUUCGAUCGGUUGAAAGUGGACGGCGAGAGGCAGGAGGACGUUGACUGCGAGCCCUGGAUGAAAUAUCUCACAGAGGACGGAGACACGUAUCUGCACCUUAGUGUCAUACACGAGGCCCAAGAUGCUGCAUUGAAGAUGAUUGAUUUAUCCAAAGGUGGAGCCUUCCUCAACAUACAGAACAACCAAAGACAGACCUCCCUGCAUUUGGCCGUCAUCACAGAGCAGCCCCUUAUAGUAGACCGGUUACUUAAAUCCGGCUGCGACGCAUCCCUGGUUGAUGACCACGGAAACACCGCCCUUCACAUCGCCUGCAGAACGGGCUCUCUGGCCUGCUUCAGUCUCCUAACACAAGGCUGCCCGCAACAGCUACCAGCCAUCUUACAGACACCGAACUUUAACGGUCAGAAAUGCAUACACGUGGUCACCACCCAAGGUUACCUGUCAUUAGUCGAAAACCUUAUCCAGCUUGGCGCAGACGUCAAUGCACAGGAACAGUGUAACGGCCGAACCGCCCUUCACUUAGCCGUCGACCUGCAGAACUUUGAGUUAGUUCGCCUUCUAGUCAGCAAAGGUGCUGAUGUUAACAGUUUAACGUACGGCGGUCACACGCCUUAUCACCUGACCUACGGCCGGACGAACGGAGACAUCCAGAAAGUCCUGUAUGAGCUCACCUCAUCACACUUAAGGGAACUUCCAGAUAGUGAGUCAGAGGACAGCGAUGAAUAUUGUGAAGACUCGGAUGAUGGCGAGAUAUAUGAUGAUAUCAAAGUGAUGGGGCAGUAGGAAUGUGCAGAAGGACUUCCAGAUUUCUGUGAAAUGAGAAGCAGGACAGUUCUCGCUCGAGGAGCACGGGAACGAGUUCACAGUGAGGCUCGCAAACGGCCCUCGGUUGGUUGGCAGUUCAAGCGAAAGACUGAUCUAGAGGGAGCCCAGGAAAAGAAGGUUAUUUGUGGGUGUAUCACCAGACCAUGUUAGAGGAACACUGGACGGAAGCCAACAAAUGUACCUUUGGCUCUAUGUUGGAACGUAUCUCCAGCUCAAAUCAGCAGCUGUUUGUCUAUUGUACUGUGAUGUGUAAAAUAUUGUGUAUACAGACAGAUUUAUUUUUAUAACAACAUGUAAAUGUGUACAUACGUUGAAAAGUUUUCCUGUUGUAGAAAGACAUAACAUGCGUUAAAUUAAAACCUUGACAACUUCA